GGCGUGUUCGUAAAUUGAUUUUUUCUAUCGAAGUGAUUUUUUUAUCGAUGCUGGGGUUCGUAAAUUCCAAACAAACGUAUGCAAAAGCAUAUGGAAAGUGAUUUGACAUCUACCAAACAAAUCAAUCGACUGAUGCAUCACCCAAAAAAAUCAAUUUACGAACGUGCCGUAAAUGUCCGGUUUCCGAAUCCACUGUAAAAGGCCUUUCAAAAUACAAAGCAAUAUGAAGAAUGUGUAAACAAUAUCUAUUGUUCGACAAAUUGCGACUACGAAUUGUGAAGACUGGUUUCUCUCUAGGAACAAAAUUUAAAAAAAGUUAAUUACCAUGCCCGAUUGGAACCGUAUAAGACGUAUGAAACGGCAAAUAUUGUGUCGUUUGACCGGAACACAUUCCCGCAAUGAUGCACAAGAAAACGGAAACGGAAAAACCAGGACUCAAAUUAAGGUGGAAACUGGCGAAUCAGGUCUUCCUCGGGCAGCUCUGCCAAGGUUCGUUCCUACUGACGUGAACUAUAAAGACAUGCUGAAUAAGUGGCGGUCAGAAUUCAACAAACGUUAUAACAAGGUGCAGCGAUCGACGGAUGAGGGCUUGAACGAAUAUCAAUUGUUGAGCAUUAUCGGAACAGGUGCCUUUGCAGUUGUGAGACAGGCUCAUCACGCCAAGAGUGAUCAGUUCUACGCUAUGAAAAUACUGUCCAAGGAGAAGAUCCUUCGCAAUAAACAACUGCAGCACACAUUCAACGAGAAACGAAUUCUUCGAAGCAUCCGAUUUCCAUUUAUAGUCGGGUUGGAGAAAGUGUUCAAGGAUAAUUCUUGCAUAUAUCUUCUGAUGCCGUUUAUCUGUGGCGGGGAAUUGUUUUCCUUGUUACGCCAGAAAAAGCGAUUUUCAGAGGAGCAAGCAAAGUUUUAUGCGGCUCAGGUGGUCUUAGCGCUGGAAUAUUUGCACCACCUCAACCUUAUUUAUCGCGAUUUAAAACCGGAAAACAUUCUGAUUGAUACCAGAGGCUACAUCAAACUGACCGAUUUCGGAUUCUGCAAAUACGUAAAGGAUCGAACAUUCACAUUGUGUGGCACUCCGGAAUACUUGGCACCCGAAGUCAUCAAAUCGAAAGGAUACGGCCAUGCCGUUGACUGGUGGUCCUUUGGAGUGUUAAUUUACGAGAUGGUAGCAGGAUAUGCCCCAUUUUUUUCAGCUACCGGUAGCCAAAUGAUGCUUUACGAACAAAUAAUUGAAGGAAAUGUGAGAUUUCCUUCAAUAUUUGGCAACGACUUGCGAAAUUUGGUUUUCAACCUACUUCAAGUGGAUCUUACAAGGCGAUUUGGUAAUUUGAAGAACGGAACCAACGACAUCAAGAAUCAUUCGUGGUUUCGUAAAACCGAUUGGAUUGGUCUGCUAAAUGGUGAAAUUACUGCCCCUUUUGUGCCCGAAGUUUCUGGACCUGGCGAUGUCUCGCAAUUUACAGUGUACGAUGACCAACAUUAUCAACUUUCAAAAAAUUGUUUGUACUCGAGAGAAUUUAUAGAUUUUUAAAUGUUUUUUUUUCGUUUAGUUUUAAAUGUUGUGUAUGGUUGUGUAACCCAAAAUAUUUUAUUUCAACA